CUCCAAUCCACUUGUGACUUGUCGGCAAGCGGAGCAAGUUCCCCAACUCCAUUUUCUCGCUUCUCGGCGGCAUAGGUUUCCCGCCACAAAAAAGGGAGAAGAAUCCUGCCUCGGAGAUCGGCCGCUAGAGAAAGACUCGAAUGCGAUUACUCGCGGCGGGAACUAUUUUCAGUCAAUGUCGAUGGCGUCUUCGUCGUUCUCCGGGUCGGGUAAUGCUCUAAUGUGGUUUCGGAAGGGGCUUCGGAUCCACGACAACCCAGCCCUAGAAUGUGCUUCCAGAGGGGUUACAGGUGGGGGGUUUCUUUACCCGGUGUUCGUGAUUGAUCCACAUUACAUGGAGCCCGACCCGAGGGCUUCCUCACCUGGGUCGAGUCGAGCCGGUUUGAACAGAAUCCGGUUCUUGUUGGAGAGCUUGAAAGAUCUGGACUUGAGCUUGAGGAAGCUUGGUUCAAGGUUGCUGGUUAUGAAGGGUGAACCUGGAGAGGUUUUGAUCAACUGCUUGAAGCAAUGGAAAGUUGAAAAGCUUUGCUUUGAGUAUGAUACAGAUCCUUAUUACCAACAGUUAGAUAUGAGAGUUAAGUCAUCUUCAAUGUUAGCUAAAAAUGGUGGAAGCAGAUCAUAAAUUCUCACACCACAUCAUGGUUAUUACUCUGUGCUUUAUUUAGGACUACGCAUCUGCAGCUAGAAUUGAAGUCUUUUCUCCGGUGAGUCACACUCUAUUCAAUCCUGCUGAUAUCAUACAAAAGAAUGGAGGAAGGCCGCCUGUGAGCUACCAAUCAUUUCUGAAGCUCGCUGGGGAACCCUCAUGGGCGUCUUCCCCACUCAUGACAAUAUUUCCUUCACUUCCUUCUGUUGGAGAUGUUGGAAGCUCUCAGAUUGUGGAAGUCCCUACUUUGGAAGAGCUUGGUUAUGUGGACAUUGAAGGCAAUGAACUGCCUCCUUUUAGGGGUGGUGAAUCAGAAGGAUUGAAGCGGCUGCGAGAAGCUAUCAGCAAUGAGAAGUGGGUGGCGACUUUUGAAAAGCCUAAAGGUGAUCCAUCGGCAUUUCUAAGGCCUGCAACUACAACACUUUCACCGUAUCUCAAAUUUGGAUGUGUUUCUUCCAGGUACUUCUACCAAUGCAUUCAGGAUGUUUAUACAAGAAACAAAAAACAUACAUCACCACCAGUUUCUCUUCUUGGCCAGUUGUUGUGGAGAGAUUUCUUCUACACUGUGGCUUUUGGUACUCCAAACUUUGAUCAGAUGAGAGGAAACAAAAUAUGCAAGCAGAUACCGUGGAAUGAUAAUGAUGAAUUGUUAACAGCUUGGAGAGAAGCUAAAACAGGAUAUCCUUGGAUUGAUGCUAUCAUGACCCAACUCCACAAGUGGGGUUGGAUGCAUCAUCUAGCAAGGCAUUGUGUUGCAUGUUUCCUGACUCGUGGUGAUCUGUUUGUUCAUUGGGAAAAAGGGCGUGAUGUUUUUGAAAGGCUUCUGAUUGAUUCGGACUGGGCCAUCAAUAGUGGGAAUUGGAUGUGGCUCUCUUGUUCGUCAUUCUUUUACCAGUAUAAUCGGAUCUACUCACCGAUAUCAUUUGGGAAGAAAUAUGAUCCUAACGGGAACUAUAUUAGACAUUUUCUGCCUAUAUUGAAAGAUAUGCCAAAGGAGUACAUCUACGAGCCAUGGACUGCACCUCUCAGUGUCCAAACUAAAGCCAAAUGCAUCAUAGGAAAGGACUAUCCAAAACCUAUGGUGUCUCAUGAUUCAGCAAGCAAAGACUGUAAGCAGAAGUUGGCCGCAGCUUAUGAGUUAAACAAGAAGUUAAAUGGGGUUGUUAGUGAAGAGGAUCUGAAAGUCUUGCAAAGAAAACUGGAUGCAACUUGUGAUUCCGUUCUCAAUCCAGUUCACUCCCACUCUUCUUCCGGUGCUAAAAGGCAGAGACGGUCAUAGGCAUAAUAGGGUUUUAUUAGUCAUCUAGAGUCUAGACACCCAAUGUCUAUUAUAUUUAAAGUAGCCAAAACAAACUACCAUAUUCAUAUAUCUGUCCUAUAUUAUGAUGAUGGACUCUGCGAUUUGACAGCAUUCUGUUUCAGUUAUGAUGAUGGUACGUGCCAAAGU